ACUCUAAAGAAAGGUUCUCGAGCUAGGAAAGGAUUACUUGCGCCUUGUUAGAAUCAGACAUGGCUUCAGGGGAUGCAGGACACUCACCUGAGCUGCCUGUCACUGACUAAGUGGAGCAGUGUUUCUUCCACAGACUCAACUGAGAAGUCAGCCUCUGGGGCAGGCACCAGGAAUCUGCCUUUUCAGUUCUGUCUCCGGCAGGCUUUGAGGAUGAAGGCUGUGGGCAUUCUGACCCUCAUUGGCUGCCUGGUCACAGGCGCCGAGUCCAAAAUCUACACUCGUUGCAAACUGGCAAAAAUAUUCUCGAGGGCUGGCCUGGACAAUUACUGGGGCUUCAGCCUUGGAAACUGGAUCUGCAUGGCGUAUUAUGAGAGCGGCUACAACACCACGGCCCAGACGGUCCUAGAUGAUGGCAGCAUUGACUACGGCAUCUUCCAGAUCAACAGCUUCGCGUGGUGCAGACGCGGAAAGCUGAAGGAGAACAACUACUGCCACGUCGCCUGCUCAGCCUUGAUCACUGAUGACCUCACAGAUGCGAUUAUCUGUGCCAGGAAAAUUGUUAAAGAGACACAAGGAAUGAACUAUUGGCAAGGCUGGAAGAAACACUGUGAAGGCAGAGACCUGUCCGAGUGGAAAAAAGGCUGUGAGGUUGUUUCCUAAACUGGAACUGGACCCAGGAUGCUUUGCAGCAACGCCCUAGGAUUUGCAGUGAAUGUCCAAAUGCCUGUGUCAUCUUGUCCCAUUUCCUCCCAAUAUUCCUUCUCAAACUUGGAGAGGGAAAAUUAAGCUAUACUUUUAAGAAAAUAAAUAUUUCCAUUUAAAUGUCUUCACCCUG